GGUAUAAUAAAAUGUAACAAUUUGAAAAAAAGAUUUUGAAAAGUUAGCAGUGCCAAACCUGCCAACCAUACACUCGAAGUCUCUAUCAGGGCUUGUUAAAAUAUGGCCUGCAAAAAAAAGACAAAGUUGUGGGAGCCCAUGCCCAUGGGAAGAGACGACAUGAAGACCACUACUCAAAGGAUGUACGAAGAGGGAGCCAAGGGCUUGAGAACGAUUUCCACCCAGGAAAAGAAGCUGGUCAACUUUCAGUCUUUUAACAUGGAUAAUUCCCGAUUUAGCAGCGGACGCGAGGAUGAUCAUAUUGAGACCCCAAUGUUGUCGAGUUACACACGACAGUAUUCGCGACCAUACCCCCCCAGAUGCAAGCCAUUAUCACCAAAAACAGAUUCACCCGAUCCCCUAUUCAAUCGGCGGCCGAAAAAUGAUUUCCAAUUUGAGACUGGAUUGGCCUUUAAAUUCCUGGACGAUCACAUGCAUAACAUUUCUGAUACGCGUAAAAAAGUUAACUUCUUCAGGCAGUUAAGAAACCAAUCUUUUCUUCAGUAUUAACAUGUUACUUGAAUUUGCAAUGACAAAAUAUUAAACCUUUGUUCAAUCCAGCAAAGUA